CUUUGGCUUUGACACAGACUGCGAGCGGCUGCUCUAGUGCUGGGGUCUGGACGCGCUCUGCGAAUCCCGCGCCCGAGUUGGGUGCAGACUUUUUGCCUGGAUAAACGCAACCGCGGCGACGCCGCAAGUCCUGGUGCAGUAGCAAGUCUUGGUGCAGCUUCAGCAGCCGGAUUUCGCCACCCCUACCGCCGCCUGCGAGCAACCCUGCAGCUCCUGCCUGCUCCGGGAGAGCGACGCUGAGAGUUUCUCCCGCAGAAAGACAGGGACGCGCGGACCAAGGCCCGGCCACUGCCCCGCACCCGCGUGGGCGCCAGGGCUGGAGGUGGCCAAGUGAAAGAUAAUUUUGGACACUCUAGCCAUGGAAGAUUUGGCCUUUGUCUGCAGCAACCUCUUCGGCCCCUAAAUUCUGCAUUUUGUUCUUUUUGUGCUUAUAAGGUCAACGGGGCAUCUCCCCUAGCCAGAGUUCUGCAGUGGUGAGGCCUUCCUGGGCUCCCGAUAUUAGCUGGCCAUGGGGAGUACCCUGGGUUGCCACCGCUCCAUCCCCAGGGACCCCUCGGACCUGUCCCAUAGCCGCAAGUUUAGCGCAGCCUGCAACUUCAGCAACAUCCUGGUGAAUCAGGAGCGGCUCAACAUCAACACUGCUACAGAGGAGGAACUGAUGACCCUCCCUGGGGUGACACGUGCUGUGGCUCGAAGCAUCGUGGAAUACCGAGAAUACAUUGGUGGCUUCAAGAAAGUGGAGGACCUAGCACUGGUCAGUGGUGUGGGUGCCACAAAACUGGAGCAGGUCAAGUUUGAGAUCUGUGUGAGCAGCAAGGGUAGCUCUGCACAGCACUCUCCUAGCUCCUUGCGGAGGGACCUCCUGGCUGAGCAGCAGCCUCACCAUCUAGCCACUACUGUGCCCCUCACACCACGUGUCAAUAUCAACACAGCCACCCCAGCUCAGCUCAUGAGUGUGCGAGGCCUCACCGAGAAGAUGGCCCUCAGUAUUGUGGACUACCGCCGGGAACAUGGCCCCUUUCGCAGUAUUGAGGAUCUGGUCAGGAUGGAUGGUAUUAAUGCUGCCUUCCUGGACAGGAUACGACACCAGGUGUUUGCUGAGAAGUCCAGGCCCCCCUCCACCCACACCAAUGGGGGUCUGACCUUCACUGCCAAGCCUCACCCUAGCCCUACCUCACUGAGCCUGCAGAGUGAGGACUUGGACCUGCCACCAGGGGGGCCCACACAGAUUAUCUCCACUCGCCCCUCAGUAGAGGCCUUUGGAGGCACGAGGGAUGGGCGGCCUGUGCUGAGGCUGGCCACCUGGAACUUGCAGGGCUGCUCUGUGGAGAAGGCCAACAACCCUGGAGUGCGAGAGGUGGUAUGCAUGACACUCCUGGAAAACAGCAUCAAGCUUCUAGCUGUGCAAGAACUACUUGACAAAGAGGCCCUGGAAAAGUUCUGUGCGGAGCUAAACCAGCCCAUCCUGCCCAACAUUCGCAAGUGGAAGGGGCCUCGGGGCUGCUGGAAGUCUGUUGUUGCUGAGAAUCCCUCAAGUCCACUCCAGAAGGGGGCCGGGUUCUCAGGAUUCCUGUGGGAUGCAACAGCCGGUGUGGAGCUGAGAGACGCUGCGUCACAGGAGAGCUCGCCCAGCAAUGGACAUGGGAAGCCCACGGGCCCUAGCCCAUACCUCGCGAGGUUCAAGGUGGGAAGUAAUGACUUGACCCUCGUUAACCUUCACCUGGCGGCACUGGCCCUCCCCGGGGGAGAGAAUCCAAGCAAGAACCACAGUGACGGCCACCGGUUGGCCAGCUUUGCACAGACCCUGCAGGAAACCCUGAAAGGAGAAAAAGAUGUCAUUAUUUUAGGGGAUUUUGGCCAAGGACCAGAUAGCAGUGACUAUGAUAUCCUGAGGAGGGAAAAAUUCUACCACCUGAUCCCUGCCCACACCUUCACCAACAUCAGCACCAAGAAUCCUCAAGGCUCCAAGUCUCUGGACAACAUCUGGAUCAGCAAAAGCUUGAAGAAGGUGUUCACAGGUCACUGGGCUGUGGUGAGAGAAGGUCUCACGAACCCUUGGAUUCCAGAUAACUGGUCCUGGGGCGGAGUGGCUUCUGAACAUUGCCCCGUGCUUGCUGAGUUUUACACAGAAAAAGACUGGAGCAAGAAGGAAGGUCCUCGGAAUGGCAAUGGGGUCACCUUGGAGCGGAGUGAAGCCAACAUUAAGCAUGAGCGAUGAUGACCCCUAACUUGAUUUUUUCGCCCCCCCGACCCAGCUGGACACAGGCCAGGAGUUGGCCCUUCCUGGUGACAGUGCAGGCCCUUUCCGUCUUCAUCUGAGGAAGUCUGCACAUGGGUCGUGGCCCGCUGUUUCCCUCGGGGACAUUUAGGACCUCUCCUGGUGGGUGGGGGAGCAUGUUGGGCCCUUGCUGCACCAGGCGGGCACAGCAGCAGCCCACAGAGGUCUGAGAUGUCUCCCCGGAUGCACUGAGCUCAGCAGCGUGGGGCUGUCACUGCUGGUCGCUUGGCCAUGUGAGAACAGCCUCAGAACUGAAAAGCCCAAGCCCUGGCUGAGCCAUACCAGAGCUCUGAUCUCUGACCCACCAGUAUGUGAUGUUCCGGCUGCAAAUUGCAGAAAGCUUUUAACUGUGAUUGAGCACUCUUCUCAAAUAUUUUGAGUGGUGAUUUUUAGUUUGUUUUUGAAAAAAUAAACAGAUUAACCUGCCUGGCUGCAGUGAGAGCGUGGGA